AUGAUUGGUUUUGACACAGAGGCCCGACCAGGAGCAUCGCAAAGAACCGAACAGAAGGGAGUGCCAGCCCACUUGGAAGUGAUCACGACCUAUUUGCGGGGAAUGAAAUUCGAGGAGAACGAUCUUGUGGUUUUUGCCGACAUCUUGCCCAACAGGCAGGCGGAAUUUGCCAGGGCUGCUGUGAGCCGUGCUUUGGACGCAAACGCACGCCGCCCACAAGUGAGGUAUUGUGGGUGUUUCCGUGCAGAUCAGAAGGAUGUCAUUGCGAACCUUGAGGAGAUGGUUUAUACCCAUUGGGAUGCUUCCGAUGCAGCUCCUCCGCGCGCUCGCCCCACUGAACGUGUCCCAGAUCCAACUUUGGUCCUGCUGUCUUGGAAUUCUGGGGUGGCAUCAUUUCCGGACUCCAUCACGCAGAAAUUUCCGGAGCAUUCUGCCGCCUAUGGGCAAGUGUUGGAGAUGAAGAAGCAGCUGUGCCAAGAGUUUCCAGACUCAGUUCCUGCUCGAACGACACAGUCUGCACCAAAACCCGGGAAACCCCGAGCAGCAGGAAGGCCUGGCUUCAACAUCGAGGGUGGCAAAACGCCUCUGGAUGUCACAAGGUUGAUUGACCUUGAGCACACCCCAGUGGCUUCUUUCAAUGUGGGGAGGAAGGCUUAUUGUCCUGGAACCCGUGUCAAGCCUGCAAUCGUGGUGGGCACCGAUUACUCCAUGUGGAUCGGCAACGAGACUGACGAGGAAGUUUCACUGCAGGCUUGUGAAAUAUGCGGAUUCAAUUUGGGCUAG